UCCUCAGGUUUUACUGGUUUCCGAUUCAUAAUUUCGCUCACGUUUUAAAACUUUUGAAAAAUGGUCUAAGUUUUUGAAAUGUCCAGAAAUAAGUGUAUUGUUCGUCAGUGUCGUGUUACCCAUGAAAAGUCCAGUGAUAAAGAAAAUGGAAUUACAUUUUUUGGUGUACCCAAAAAUUUUGUAGAGAAAUGGAAAGAUGCAAUCCCCUAUUUGAACAAAUCGUCUCAUGUUUGCUCACGUCAUUUUGAUGAGUCAAAUAUUGAAAAGGGAAAGGAGAUUUUAAAUGUUUUUUACCCAUUUUCAAGAUGGCAACUAAAGCCUGGUUCCUAUCCCAAGCGAAUGUUACUUGACAGUGAUUAUCCCCAAGAACUAAUAAGGAAACGGGCAGGAGGAAGUGAUCAACUUGCAAAAAAGUUUGUGUUAAAAAAAAGGAAAGUGUUGACAGACUUAGUACAAAAUCCUGGUAAACAAAGUAAUGUUGCAAGGCACUGUCACCAAACAUUUAGUAAUCAAAACAAAUAUCAACAGACAGAAACAAAUAAAGUUGGGGAAACCAUGCUCAGUAAGAAAAGGAACGACAAUUCCAUUGGAAAGAAAUCAACAUCUAGACUAGUUUUCACUAGUCAAGAAAAUAUUUAUCCUUCUGCGCAAUUACCUGAUGGAAAUCCAGUUGUGGUUCCAAAAACCUUUCCAUCUCUUGGCCAGGUACAAGAACAAAUCAAGUUCCCUGACAAGGCAAAUGUACUUGAAGAUACACUUUACCUUCCUUUUCAACCUCAUACAUUUUUACAUGAACGUAAUUUGUCAACAUGCAAGAUUCAUUUGAAGUUUGUUGUGACAAAAUUUUAGAGUCGCAUACUAUUCCACUCUUCUGUGAAGAACACAGAGACUACAAUCUGAAAUAUCUAGUAAUGGAAUACGUCAAAGUUCGUUUUCACUUAGAGAGUAAGCGACUAAGAAAGUUGUUGGUGUUACCGUCGAAAACUAAAGUACAAACUAACUUUAAAAUAGCCAAGAAUUCUUAAUGAAAGGAAAGUGUGUUUGAUAUUAAAACAGCCU